CUGCACGCACCAUGUCUACCAAGCCGUCCCUCGCAGCCGCCGAGGACUUCCUGUCCUUUGUCAACGAUUCACCCACCCCCUUUCACGCCGUCAAAUCAUCCAAGGACCGGCUGGAAAAGGCCGGCUUCAAGCAGAUCAAAGAGCGCGACUCGUGGGCGUCCGCCCUGCAGCCCGGCGGGAAGUACUACCUUACCCGAAAUGGCUCCUCCAUCGUCGCAUUCGCCAUCGGCAAGAACUGGAAAGCUGGCAACCCCAUCGGCAUGAUCGGUGCGCACACCGACUCAUGCUGCCUUCGUCUCAAGCCUGUUUCGAAACGCCAGAGCGAUGGGUUCCUCCAGGUGGCAUGCGAGACAUAUGGCGGUGGCCUUUGGCACACAUGGUUCGACCGAGACCUGUCCCUCGCGGGCCGGCUCAUGGUCCGCACCGAGCAGGGCAACAUCGAGAGCCGCUUGGUCAAGGUUGAGAGGCCCAUCUUGCGUGUCCCGACCUUGGCUAUCCAUCUCGAUCGCCAGGAAGAUUUCAAAUUCAACAAGGAAGCUCAACUGUUCCCAAUUGCUGGCUUGGUCGCGGCAGAGUUGAACAGGCAGGGCAAGUCCGCUGAAGCUGCCAAAGAGGAAGAAAGCAAGGAAAGCCCUGUUGAACCGCUGGCUGCUCCUAUGCAGAGACAUCACACGUACCUGGUCGAGAUAGUUGCCGAGGAGGCCGGAGUGGACCCCAGCGAUAUCGUAGACUUUGAGUUGGUCCUAUAUGACACCCAGAAGGCUGUCGUGGGCGGUCUGAACAACGAGCUUAUCUUUUCCGCGCGCCUCGAUAAUCUGAUGAUGUCCUAUUGCAGCGUUGAGGGUUUGAUCCAAAGUCUCGCAUCGUCUUCUUCCUUAGAGAAGGAUUCCACGAUUCGUUUGAUCGCUCUUUUCGACCACGAGGAGAUAGGAAGCCGAACCGCACAGGGCGCGGACUCCAACCUCCUCCCCGCUGUCAUUCGUCGUCUUUCUGUGCUACCUCCUUCGGAGGGCUCCCACUCCGACAAGUCCUACGAUAAGCUAGAUGUCGAUUCGGCAACAGUCUACGAGCAAACCUUGGCGACGUCUUUCCUGAUUUCCGCCGACAUGGCCCACUCUGUGCACCCGAAUUACCCCGCAAAGUACGAGUCACAGCAUCGGCCCGAGAUGAACAAGGGCACUGUGAUCAAGAUUAACGCCAAUGCCCGGUACGCGACAAACUCGCCCGGAAUAGUGUUGGUGCAAGAGGCAGCUCGCCUGGCUAAGAGAGGUUCCGCAAGCCCUGCUUCUGUCAAAGAGGGCGUGCCACUUCAGCUUUUCGUAGUGAGGAACGACUCAUCCUGCGGAAGCACCAUCGGACCCAUGCUCUCAGCCGCCAUGGGAGCCCGCACACUAGACCUCGGCAACCCUCAAUUGAGUAUGCACAGUAUCAGGGAGACUGGUGGAGCGCACGACGUUGAGUAUGCCAUAAACCUGUUCGACAGCUUUUUUGAGCACUUUGAAGAUCUCGAGAAGAAAAUUAUUGUUGAUUAACUAGAAAAUCCGAAGCUAUAGGUGGAGAACUGCAUAAAGGGCAAUAAGAGUAGAUACCCUAGUAACGAAUAUACGUGUAUGAAAG